UAUUUUUAUAUUCGAGUUCUUACCAAAAACGUUUUUAAUUGGAUUAUUGACGCAGAUACAUUUUAUUUUAAGGUCAUUUUAUUAAAAUAUUAAUUCAAAGAUACGAUCGAUUAUUGCACAUCGCAAUCAACGAGUGGCCUAAUUGUGUUAUCAAGUAGAAUCAACAGCGAUGGAUAAGGACACGGGGAAAAUGCCUAAAUUCGACCCGAACACGGAAGCUUUUCAGAUGAGGGCCCAGUGGAAGAAGGCGGAGGCGUGCAGCAAACAAUGGACUCAACUCUGGAGCUGGUUACUGGAUGAGCAAAGCCGAACCUUGAAGGAAGCAAAUGCUAUACGGGAAGAGGCCGCGGCAGAACUACCACGUGCUAUAGGGAGAGCGGAGACAAAGAAAAGCCUUAAACCAGUACCGGUCACCUCUACUGGCUUUAUAGGGUGGAUAGCUGCUAAACCUGACUGUCAACUGGAGAUAUAUACUCCGUGGCUAACGAAUAUACCCUUGAGACUACCAGACGCCUGGGAAUGCAAGAACUAUGAAGCUUACAAGUCUUAAUCUAAACAUUUGAUUUUAUGUUUUUAAAAUUAAAAAUGUAUCUCUUUUG